AUGAAGGCUGAGCCUUUUCGUCCAUCCAAGGCAAGAUUGCUUGAGAACCAGUACGAUGAUGCCUACUUUGCAGACGACAAAUACAACGACGAUGGCAACAAAAACAAUGACGACGCCAAGAGAAACAAUGAUGAUGAUGGUGGUGGUGGUGGUGGUGGUGGCUACGAUGACUACUACACUGACGAUCUAGUCAGUGCUGCCGAUGAGCGGUGCUCUGCCUUUCUUGUAUCCUUCCUGGAAGGAACCACGGAUGCACACGAUACAUGCGAAGGAAUGAUGAAUGCCUACACUGCAGCAGAUUGCUCCGAAAGCGACAGUAUGUACAAUGAUUUACAUGACUAUGACGACUACUUCAACGAAUUCGCCGAACAUGAAUGUUGUCAAGCUCUAAUGGCCCAUCAUAGGGAGUACUGCGAGGAAGACAGACUUCUGUCAAACUUUCACUUGUUUGCGGCAGCAUCCAUCCUGCUGCUCUGUGAAUGUGCCAAGGCACUGGUGGCAAGAGCCAACAUUCAUUUCCUCCCAGAAGCCGCCGUUUGUAUCUUGGUGGGAACCAUAUGUGGUUUGACGGCACACAUUCUGCCGUUUACAAACAUUGAUGAUAUCAGUUUUGAUGAUGAGCUCUUCCUGACAGUCCUCCUACCGCCAAUCAUUUUCGAGGCAGCUCUUUCUGUGUCCAAGUAUGAGUUCAAGAGACGCCGAGGUGCCAUCUUUAUGUUCAGUGUGUUCGGAACAGUGAUUAGUACUUUCACGGCCGGUCUUAUGGUCCAUUUCAUUUCAAAACUCAGCAAAGCCACCACUUUUCCAAUGCUUGAUUCUCUAGUCUUUGGAGCGCUGAUAUCAUCCAUUGACCCUGUGGCGAUUCUCAGUGUGCUGUCAAGUCUGAAUAUGGACCAAAAGGAUACCAUCUUUAUCCUCGUCUUUGGCGAAAGUCUUUUGAACGACGGUAUUGCCAUCACUGUGUUUCAAACUCUAGUGGAUCGGUUCGAUGGGAAAACAAAUGACGGCACCACGAGUCUAGAUGAAAUCUUUGAUGCACUUGCAAGUUUUCUCAUUGCAAUGUUUGGGUCCAUUUUUGUGGGCCUGACCUGUGGCUGUGGUGCCUGGGUCUAUUUCUUUCUUCUGGGAAGAGACUUGCCUCCUGUGAUGGAAGUCGGGAGUUUCUUUCUUUGGGCCCUUAUUCCCUGGUACAUUGCAGACGGCCUUGGCAUGUCAGGUAUUGUGAGUAUCGUGGCGGUUGCAUUCUUCAUUGAUAUCUAUAUUGCUGGGCCCAAAGAUCCCAAGGGCGGGCCACCGAAGCGACCGAAAGUAGAAUUCAAUUCGGAGGACGGCCACUACAUGCACAUGCAAGACCAUCCUGCUCAAUCAAUGUCAUCGUUCGAGUCUACAGGUCGAUCCGUCGGGCCGCUGCCAAGUACAGAGCGACUUCACUUGUCCUCUGUCGCUGACAGGCAUGUUCGGUUUGUCGCCCAUUUGACCGCCCAGCUGGCCGAGAACGCCAUCUUUGCCUAUCUCGGUCUAUUUCUUUUCAGUAACAACUACGAUUGGGAUCCUACACUGGUGACAAUAUCAAUCUUCUCUUGCGUGGCCAGUCGAGCAUUCAUGGUCGUCGUUGUUUCCUGGGUCAUCCUGCACAUUUAUCGUUGUCGCGGAAUGGCUGGUGCUUCAGUUUCGAAUUCGAGCAAAACUGCAGUAGCCAUAUCUGAUCCCCGCACUCAGGCUGUGCUUGUCCUGGCGGGCCUGAGAGGGGCAGUAUCUCUUGCACUGGUGGAGAACGUUCCAAUCUAUAAUCAACAAACGGGGGAAGGCUGCGAAUUCAAGCAGCUUAUGAAGGGCAUGACCUCAGCAUCCAUCCUAUUUACAACUUUUGUAUUUGGCGGUGGAGCCUAUUACAUCUUGCCAGCACUUGGCAUAUCAAGAGAUGCAGAGUCUGUGGAAAAAUCAUCAGUCCAAACCCCGAUUCAUGAACACGAAGCAGAAAUAAGGGUACCGGACGCCGUGGUGGUUUAG